AUGCCGUCUCUGCGCCGCGCCGAGCAAGCUAUCGGCGCCGGCCACUCGGAAGGCGACGGUUGGGUCACGUCGGGUAUGGCCCCUGGCGAUGGCUGGGCUGGACCGGCUGUCAGGAUCUUCCUGUUCACGGCCAUGACCGUGAUGCCAAGUGGGGUCCCUCUUCCCUCGAAGUUUGCCGUCCGAGCGCUCGAGGUCCAAGUUGUUGGCUGCAGCACAAACAUGCCGGCAAGGAAGGCAUGCCGUCAUAGCUUUCUUCGUUGCAGCAGCUAUCACAGCGAGAACGGCGAGAGGAGCCUACUAACUCUUGUGCGCACGAAUCGAUGCAGCAAAAGGGCAAGCACCAACCUACAAGCCUUCCAUUGCUGGGGCCCCAUCACUACCAAGUGUGGCAAGGGCCCCGCCACCAACCCUCCGCAGAGUUCAGCAGAGAGGCUGUUGGCCGUGCAUACACUACCCUAUGUACCUAGGCAGCAGGGCGCGGCCCGAGGAACUGACGAGAAGUCACUCUAUCUCAAACUCAGCACAACAGUGGACUUACCGGGCUGGCCCAUCUUGCCGGCGCUGGUCUGGCCCCCUGCUCGGCGGGGCAGAACUAAGCCGUCGUCCGAAUUCGACCGGUUUCCCGCGUCGAGGCCCAUGCCGUUCUUCUGGCGACCCCAGUAA